GAGAAACAGCUCUCAUUAGAGAAAUCUUGAGUGAUAAGAGAGACGAUGACGUGACUUAUUCUGAACCGUCGAUUGUUUUGAUCAAAAAAAAAAAAAACGCGUAAAAAAAAAAGCAAAGUAGCGAAACUCGAUUUCAUUUCCGACUCUUGUCUCUUUUUCUUUGCGAGACGCCACCAUCGCCUGUCUCCGCCACGGGGAAGUCAGCGAAGUCUUUCGAGCAAGAUCUGAUGGAGAUGCAGACUAUGUUGGAGAAGAUGAAGAUCGAGAAGGAGAAGACGGAGGAGUUGCUUAAGGAGAAAGACGAGAUUCUGAGAAAGAAGGAGGAGGAGCUAGAGACGAGAGACGCUGAGCAGGAGAAACUUAAGGUGGAGCUGAAGAACCUUCAGAAGACGAAGGAAUUCAAACCUAACAUGCAAGAUGAUGCUCGUUCGUAUAUUCAAGAAAGUACCAAGGAAGGCAGCUGGGAUUCCGGUUUUCGCAAAAGGAAGUUAGGAGGAGAUGGAAAGAAGACGUCCUAUUGGUUUGAUGGUAAUGACAUCCAAGGGUACAAAAUAUAUAGGGAAGUCAAUGAAAUCUCAAAGAAGAAUGCUGGCUCAGAUUUAUCUUGUUUGAGCUGGGAAACUGAAGCAACCAAUCUAGAUGAGAGUCGCUAGGGAGUUAUCAUCAAGCAAAGCUUCUUCUUUGGCUGCAAUUGGUGGGAUGAUUGAGACAGAAGCUAUACCAGUUGUUGAGAAAUAUCAUAAGGUGAUGGUUGCAAGGUCGGGGCAGCUUGUAUAUGUCCAAAUCAGUUUCUCAGGUAUGAAUUCUUUGUCUCUGUACAGCUUGUAUAUGUAAAAAACAGAUCUCACAGUGUUGAGCCAGUACAUGUUUUACUCUUUUCAUGUUUUUGCUGUUUCAAAUCCUGGGAAUAAGGAAUAAUUUUAAUAUAGUUGGUCUUUUUUGUUCAUUGGUCAUUUUUUUACAGAUCAUUGAUACAUUUUUGGAUACAGUCAUGUCUGUUGUAGUUUAAUGUGUUUAAUGUAUGAUGUGUUUGUAAAAUGAAUUCUUUGUCUCUGUUUUGGUGAGGUUAAAUGAAGUGGUUGAGUCUUUUCUCACAAGUGGAGAAGGCAUCGAUUUAACAGACUCUAAAUCAAGGUACAGUUCAAAGUAGUUGUUUCAUUUAAUUGCUGGUUUGUGCUAUGUGAUUAAUGCUUGGUUUGUGUUUGAUUAGGACAGUUUUUGCUUUUGUAAAUGUUUUCUUUGUUCUUUGAAAUAAAUGCUUUCUAGUUGGAGUAUUGUAGGUAAAGACAAUUAGUGUCUUUACCUUGGCAUUCAUUGCUAAUACUUCAAUAAGUUUCAGUCUUCUUCCUUAAAACACAAUCACGCUUACAAAACACAAAACACAAUCAAUUUUCAGCCUUCAGCCUAAAAACACAAUCACUUCCUUUAACACAAUCACUUUCACUUCCUUUAACCUUCAGCCUAACCCAAAACACAAUCACUUUCACUUUCAUAUCUAAAAAAUGGAUGAUAUGAAUCCAUUUAAUCAGUCAUCGGGUUUCAUGGAUCUAUUGCAAAGUCAACAAGAAGACAUGUCUCAGUUUGCAAGUGGAUCAACUGAAGUCCCAGCUUUUAGUAGUCAACUGUCUGAAGAAGGAAGUGAAGAUGAAGGAAAUGAAGCUGAAAUCAAACCGAAGCAAAGCAUAUCACGAAAGAAAUGGACAGCAAAAGAAGAUAUUGUUCUCGUCAGUGCUUGGCUUAAUACCAGCAAGGAUCCGGUGAUUGGUAAUGACCAACAAGGUCAAUCCUUUUGGAAGAGGAUUGCAGCAUAUGUUGCUGCUAGUCCUUCCCUUGACGGAAUGCCAAAGAGAGAGCAUGCUCAAUGUAAACAAAGGUGGGCAAAGGUCAAUAAAAGUGUUACCAAGUUUGUGGGUUGUCAUAAGACAGCAACAACUCAUAAAACUAGUGGUCAGUCAGAGGAUGAUGUUAUGAAGCUGGCUCACGAGAUCUACUACAAUGAUACCAAGAAGAAUUUCACUUUAGAUCAUGCAUGGAGAGAGUUAAAGUUUGAUCAGAAAUGGUGUGAAGCUACAACUCGAGGAGGAAAUGAUAAUGCUAAAAGAAGGAAGUGUGGGGAUGGUAAUGCAAGUUCCCAGCCUAUCAAUGUUGAAGAUGAUUCAGUCAUGAGUCGACCUCCUGGUGUGAAGGUAGCCAAAGCGAAAGGAAGGAAGUCAGCCACUGUUAAAGAAGGAAAGAAGCCAGCAACGGGUAAAGGAGAAGCAGGCCAGUCUGUGGAACAUUUUCAGAAUUUGUGGGAACUAAAGGAGAAGGAUUGGGAUCUUAAAGAGAAGCAAAGCAAGUAUCAGAUGCUUGAAAGUCUACUUUCAAGAACUGAGCCUCUUUCGGACAUUGACUUGUUCCUAAAAAAUAAGCUAAUCACGGAGCUUUGGUCCUAAGUUUUAAAGUUUUAGUUUGGUCCUAAGUUUUAAGCUAAGAAUCAGAUGCUUUUUAGUUUUUUUGUCUCAUGUAUGAUAUUGCUUUGUAAGUUCUAGUAUUAUGUCUCAUGUAUGAUAUUGUUUAAAGUUCUAGUUUAAGUCUAUGUACUCUAAAGCUUUGUAACUUGUCUUGUAUGAUA